GCCUUUUAAAUGGAAGUGGCGGGCACGGGCAGAUCAGUACGGGACAUGCCAGGCUGCUGUCAUGUUGCACUGGAAUGAGGAAGUGGAGUGGAGAGGGGUGGGACUGAGACCUGAGCUCCAUCCCGCGGCGCCUCUCAGAGCAGCACAUGGAGGAGCAGCGGCAGGGGACUGGGAGAGCUGUCUACAGCCAGCCCGCGGCAGAGCAGAUAAUCAGAGAAACAUGGAAACAGAUGAGGCACAGGAUAUGACCCAAAUGUCAGGAAAUCAAAGUCCUGCGGUAAGCGAUGGCUUGGAAGAUAGUGAUGAACCCAUGCCUAUGCCUGAGGAUCUUUCCACCAAUGCAGGGUCACAACAGACUGCCAAGAGUGAGAAGUCUAUUGCUGUACGAGAGGUGGAGCGGUUUAGGGAUUUACACGCUAUCAUUUUCAAAACUUUUUCCCCUGGCAAUAUAAAAGUAGAGACCCACAGUGAUGAGGAGAAUGGACGUGCCUGUGAAAUGAAUGGAGAAGAGUGUGCAGAAGAUUUACGCAUGAUUGAUGCUGCUGGGGAGAAAAUGAAUGGCUCACUGAACGGACAAGGCACCAAAGCCUUAACAGGAGUUGGAGGUAUUCGACUUCCUAACGGAAAACUAAAAUGUGAUAUCUGUGGGAUAAUAUGCAUCGGCCCCAAUGUGCUCAUGGUACACAAAAGAAGCCACACUGGAGAGCGACCUUUUCAAUGCAACCAAUGUGGUGCCUCAUUUACCCAGAAAGGCAAUCUCCUUCGCCACAUCAAGUUACACUCUGGUGAAAAGCCCUUUAAGUGUCACUUGUGUAACUAUGCAUGCAGACGCAGAGAUGCACUCACUGGUCAUCUCAGGACGCAUUCUGUAGGUAAACCACAUAAGUGUGGCUAUUGUGGCCGCAGUUACAAACAACGCAGCUCCUUGGAAGAACACAAAGAAAGAUGUCAUAACUACUUGCAAACUAUGGGUCUGCAGAAUAACAUUUACUCAGCAAUAAAAGAAGAGACCGGUCACACUGAAAUGGCAGAAGACCUAUCUAAGCUUGGGUCUGAAAGAUCCCUUGUUUUGGACAGACUUGCAAGUAAUGUUGCCAAACGUAAGAGCUGUAUGCCUCAGAAAUUUGUUGGUGAGAAACGUCUGUCAGAUCUACCAUAUGAUUCCAACAGUAAUUUUGAGAAGGAGCACGACAUCAUGCAGACACAUGUAAUGGAUCAGGCAAUCAAUAAUGCAAUUACAUACUUAGGAGCAGAAUCCUUGCGUCCACUGGUUCAGACACCACCGGGUGGACCUGAAGUGGUUCCAGCUAUUAGCACAAUGUAUGCCCUACACAAACCACAUGCUGAUGUCACAUCCCACAACAAUCAGGCAGCCCAUGAAAGUGCAGUGGAAAACCUGCUGUUACUUUCACAGGUUAAAUCCAUUUCUUCUGAGAAAGAAGUUUCUCCAAGUAACAGCUGUCAAGAUUCCACAGACACUGAAAGCAACAAUGAGGAGCGGGGAGGACUUAUUUAUCUGACCAGUCACAUAGCACCUCAUACCAGAAAUGGUCUGUCUGUCAAAGAAAACAAGCCAUUUGAUGUCUAUAGAGCUGCCAAUGAGAAUUCUCAAGAUGCUUUCAAAGUUAUCAGCAGUAAUGGUGAGGCAAUAAAAGUCCACAAGUGUGAGCACUGUCGAGUUCUCUUCUUGGAUCACGUGAUGUACACCAUCCACAUGGGCUGUCAUGGUUUCCGUGAUCCAUUUGAAUGCAACAUGUGUGGCUACCAGAGCCAAGAUAGAUAUGAGUUUUCAUCACAUAUUACCCGCGGUGAACACCGUUUCAACAUGGGUUAAGCCGAACUCUAUUCUGCCAUGAUUUUUAUGUUCAUUUCAAAAAGCACAAAUGUUUUGCAAGAUGAGAAUUUUCAAGAAACUUCUAUGAACCCAAGAAUGCAUAUAGAGACAUAGCAACAAACAAUUUAACUACUUUUGUCAUUAAGGCAGCGUGCAUUUUUAUAAGAUUUUUAUUGUUACUGUAACAUGGUGCUGCAUUUUUGAGCAUCGGGUUUUUGGAGAUCUUUUGAAAAGUGUUUUAUUAAGAAACAUAGAACUUGCACCAUUGUAAGUAGCUAGAGUCCAUUGUACACGUCUACUCUAUAUAUAUAAAUAUAUAUGGAACUAAAAGAGAGUUCUUGGGCAUUCCUAAGCAGGAUAAAGAGUCCUUAUUCUUCACACCAAUCUUGACGUAUAUAAUUCAUGUUACUCUUUAUGCAAUAGCAUACAGGCAUGGGAACUGUUAAUAACAAUAAGACUAGUUCCCUUGUAAAUUUUUACUUAAUUGUAGAAUUAAUUAUAGAACAUAAUACUUAUUUAAGGCAAAUUACAAUAUUGCAGUAUAUAAUGGCCAGAAAUAUUAGGUUAUUGAUAUUUGCAUUUCUUUAUAAAACUGACAGUAGCAUACUACAUAAUUGUAUAAUAUGGGCUUAUUUAUAGCUUCUGGUGGAAACUUUUCUUUUAUUGUUUUCACAAGCUUUAUUACCAUUUUGUAUGUGUCUAAAAUUCUGACUACCAGCAGUAGAGUGUUAUAACUACAUUCUUGUACAUAAUCACACACGACCCGUACAAUGUAUAGAGCUUGAAGAGCCAGAUUAUUCAUAGGGGUAUAUGUAUACUAGAGGUAUAUGUAUACUAGGGGUAUAUGUUUACUAGGGGUUUAUGUAUAUAUUUCACUAUUUUAGAAACUAACAUAGAUAAAACUUUGACCAUGAUUGAUAACUUCACAAACAAGCAUAACAUAUACAUGUAUGUAUAUAUAUAUAUAUAUAUACACACACACACAUACACACUGAAGAUAAUUGGCAAUAUAAACUUAAAUUGUUACAAACAUGUCAAUACAUUUUGCAUAAAUCAAUACAGGUGAAUAUAAAAAACUUGGUAAUAUAUUUUAUCAAAUGCCUUUUCUCCCUCUAGCAGCUCAUUUACCCUCCCUCUGCCCUGUCCUUAGACACCUAUAGACAGCAUAUAAUCUGAUCCUUCGGUGAGCUCACAGUCUGUCUAGACUCUCAAGAUGGAUUUAGCAAAGAAUGUUAGUUUAGGAGGGAGAGAAAAAUUGUUAUAAAAUAUAUUUCAAAGUUUCUUUUAUUCACCUGUACUACUAAUAUAUGCAAAGUUUGCUGAAAAGUUAGGUUUAUUCAUAGGCUGUGUUCACAUCUACAUUUUGACUUCUGUUAUACAUUGCAAACUGCAGUGCUUAAGCCAUUGCUCAGCAGACAUCACGGCAUCUGAUGAACCUCAUUGAUUGAUGAUUUAUAUUUAGGUAUGCAGAUGUAGCCAACAUUUUAAUAGGAAAUGGCACUGUAUGCAACACUCUUUUACCAGUUAAAAACUAUGGAAUGUGUGACGGAGGUGACUAAAGGAGCCUCCAGCACAGAUGUGAAUGCUGAUUAAACUCAGUGGAAGAGUUAGGCCCCCUUCACACGGGCGUCGCGGGUGAGGUCCGGAUGCGAUGCAGGUGCAUUCAGGGAAAAUUGUGCAAAUAGGCAUGCAAUUUCAGUCAGUUUUGACUGUGAUUACGUUCUGUUCAGUUUUUUCCGCGCGAGUGCAAUGC